CUGUUUGUAAGGUAUCAUUCGUUCAGUGUCAUAGCUAACAUUCAAACCAAUAAUUAUAUUCUAGAAUAAAGUGUACUACACAAAGACCAAAAGCGAAUACGCUAUUUCGGCAAGAAUGGCAAAACUGCUGCAGGUGAUCGCAAUUUUCUUGUACGUUUUCACGUGCAUUUUACAGGAAGCAGACUGCAGUACAUACCACAUCGCAUUUCUUGGUCGGAACCAUACAUUGACCUCUCAUAUUGGAUCACUUUUCUACCCAGCUCUAAACAAGGACCCAGUUAUUACGUCAGGCGUUGAAACUUGCGCGUCUAAUCUAUCAUCUUUCAACGUUACCGGAACGUCUUUUAUGGAGGUGUUGAUAAACGCAGCAGGAUGUACUCAGCUUGUUCCAAACGGGUCUCAAAUUAAAGCAACUGGUAUUAAAAUCGAAUCGUCAGAAGAAUUUGUACUUCAUGUUUAUCAAACUGACAAUCUUGGCAAGAAUGAGGGAUAUCUUGCAAUACCGGAUGAGCACCUAGGCAAUGAAUACUAUGUGAUUACAUACUGUACUCUUGGGGGACUUUGUCAGUUUGCUGUGGCUGGGAUAACAAAUGGCACACGAGUCAACGUCAUAUUUCCUAACAACGUCACAGUAUCUUCGGUGUGCGUUGGUAGCAUUCAGCUUCCGGACAGUGCUCCAUCUGGGUCGCCAGUUCCUUUUGAAAUAAAUGAAUUUGAGGUGCUGCACUUCGAGAGCGAAAACGAUUUGACUGGAACCUAUAUUUCUUCAGAUAACUAUGUUUCAGUUUUUGCAGGCGCGCGAGAUAUUCCGACAUCGUCGGCAAGCACGACUGCGUAUUUGGUUGAACAGUUGCCACCGGUACAAAAAUGGGGCUAUUCCUUUGUAGCUGCACCAAAUUAUUUCAAUAAUGUGGGAGAUAUUAUAAAAAUUGUAACGCAAUCCGACGACACAGUAGUUGAAAUAUCAGGCUUUUCGCCAUUCAAAAUACCAAAUAAAGGUGGAUUUACCGAACGCCGUAUAGACUGGCAAAUGCACAGUCACAUAGAAACAUCUAACCCCGUGCUUAUCGUGCAGGUUAUGUCUAUUGACAUUUAUAACGAGUCAAGUGAUGUGACCGGAACGCCAUCUAUGGUUCUUGUACCUCAUGUUGAACAGUGGACAGCUUCAGAAACACCCUUUUACUGUUCGCCGACGGUUGGCAAUCAGACGCUUAUUUCCGUCGUAACUGAUACAUCUGAUAGUUUUUCGGUUCCAAUUCUACCAUCUCCGACCCUCUAUUACUCGCCUUGGACUGUUGUUGAUGGAACUGACUUUAGUGUACAGAUGUUCGAGCCGGUAACUGCGGAAACGACUAUUUAUGGACCGUCUCGCUCAAACUACGGGUAUUGCGAUGGAAGUUCAGCGCUGCUACUCAAUGCAAACUGGACAUGGGAAAGUGAGGCAUGCGUACAGACAGUGGUUUCCCCCGGCGAUAACGUGGAUAAUGACUGUGACGGGCAGGUAGAUGAGGACAUAUGCCAGGAAGACGAUUUAGUGACCUCGUUCACAUCGACACAAAGUAAUGCGAGUGACGUUACAUACAAGUCUAUGACUACCCGCGGAACGCACUAUUUCAAUUUGACGAUCAAAACGUGUGACGUUGCCAUGGUAACGCUACAAACCAACGGCGAAACAGUUACCAGCGUUAAUAUACAGAUUUCUCCAUCUUCAGUAGUGGCAGAAUUUUGUAGUCCUGAUUGUUUACCAGCGACUGUCAAAGCACGCGCAGAAUCUAACUGUGACAUACCACAUCCAUUUUUGAUUGAAUGGUCAAGCAAUUUGAUAGUUUAUACGGAAAGCUCCACGUACGUUUGGUAUACAAAUGCUUUGACUGGUAUCGACUAUGAUUCACUAACGUUGUCUGCCUUUGCCGGGACUGCCGAAUUCAAUAUAUAUAUGACGGAAAAGGACUGCAAGAAGGUUCCUCGAGGUUUCCCGGACACACUUGGAUCAAACUUUAUUUUGCCUGUUCACGAAAGUGAUUUGGGGUUCUUCGCUAUAUUGUCCACACAUGCAAAUUUAUCUGGUACAGUAACUAUACAGUUAGAUGUGAACAAUGGUCUUGGUACGAUUCAACUACAGGGCAAUCAGUCGUUGUCAUUUACAGAAUCUGACGUCACACAAAACUAUUACGACAAGAUUACAGUAACCGCUGUAGGCGGAGAGAUAGCAGUGUUCCUUAUUCGCUCGAUUAAUUCUGGAACAGCAUCCGAGGGCCCAAUUCUACCGACAGAUAUAUUAGGCACAUCUUAUUAUAUAUAUGAACAUAGUCAUACGACUUCAGGGAUGUGUCCCACAUAUGCAUUGUAUGAUACAAGUCAAAAUGUUUGUUUGUACGUAAGCUUAUUUAUUGUCGACACCGGUAACCAAUAUGGGCGAUUCCUCCAGAAAACUGUUAGUAAUGCUAGUGGGGAGAUGAAGCAAGAUACAGAAGACGCUCCGAUUCAAGACGCAUUUCUGUUUUUUUAA